CGCUUUCUCUGCAAGAAUUUCUCAACACAAACACACUCAUAUUUCAUAGUAGUAUUAGUGAAAGAGAAUAUGGGAGGUUGGGCAAUAGCUGUGCAUGGUGGCGCUGGCGUGGACCCAAAUCUCCCACCUCAACGCCAGGAAGAGGCCAAGCAACUCCUUGCUCGUUGCCUCAACCUUGGCAUCUCUUCUCUUCAUUCCAAUGCUUCCGCCAUCGACGUCGUUGAACUUGUCGUGAGGGAGCUGGAAACGGAUCCACUGUUCAACUCUGGGCGCGGAUCUGCGCUGACAGAAAACGGUACAGUGGAAAUGGAGGCAAGCAUCAUGGACGGUCCCAAGAGACGUUGUGGCGCCGUUUCUGGCCUCACAACCGUCAAGAACCCUAUCUCUCUUGCUCGCCUUGUCAUGGAUAAGUCCCCCCAUUCCUACCUUGCCUUCUCCGGCGCUGAAGAUUUCGCCAGGCUCCAGGGUGUGGAGGUUGUGGAGAACGAAUACUUCAUUACCCCUGAGAAUGUUGGGAUGCUGAAGCUCGCAAAGGAAGCCAAUACAAUCCUGUUCGACUACAGGAUUCCAACGAACGGUUACGACACGUGCGGCGCGGGAGUGGAGAGCCCUGUGAAGAUGAACGGGCUUCCGAUAAGCGUGUACGCGCCGGAGACGGUGGGGUGCGUGGUGGUGGACAAGGAAGGUAGAUGUGCGGCUGCCACGUCGACAGGGGGGCUCAUGAACAAGAUGACAGGUAGGAUCGGUGACUCACCGCUCAUUGGAGCUGGAACUUACGCGUGUGAGUUGUGCGGUGUGUCCUGCACGGGUGAAGGGGAGGCUAUCAUACGCGGGACUCUGGCGCGUGAGGUUGCGGCCGUUAUGGAAUACAAGGGCCUGGGCCUUCAGGAAGCGGUGGACUUUGUGAUCAAGAAUAGGCUCGACGAAGGGUUCGCUGGGCUCAUAGCGGUGUCUAAUAAGGGUGAGGUGGCUUAUGGGUUCAACUGCAAUGGCAUGUUUAGGGGCUGCGCCACUGAGGAUGGCUUCAUGGAAGUGGGAAUCUGGGAAUAGUUUAGUUUAGUGUAGGGUUCGAAUUGUACAAGGUUUGUGUAAUGGCCUUUCUAAUAAUAGGCGGUGUUUGUUGUGUUGCAAUUCAGUGGCCUGUGGUUGGUUUUCAUUCCUAUUUUAGGAGAGUCCCGAUAGUUCUAGAAUGCUAGACAUGUGAAUUAUAUUAGUGGGUCUUUCUUUUAGAAAUAGCAACGAAAGGCAAAAGAUUGAAGUAGUGAUCGGUACUUGAAAGUUGAAAAUGCUCCUUCUUGUAUGUCUAUUCUAGCUUAAUCUCAAUUUGGUUAGUGCUUUUUCCUUAUUGGCUC